GUCUGAACCCACAUUAAUCCAUAUCCAAUAUAAUAUUGCCAUUUGGCAUUUUGUCCCAUUUGCCACGAUUUAAAGUUGAUGACUAAUAUUUAUUUUAUUAUUCAAUAUUCGAUUAUUCGGAUUGAAGAAUUAGCUUUCGUCUGUAAAUUGUUUUUUAGGGUUUUCGAACGACGUUCAUCAUUGAAAUUGACUGACUGACCAUGAAUCGACGGCACCUACUAAUAUUUCUGUUCUGUUAUUGACAUCUCUGUCACCGAAAGAUUAUAAAUUAAGCAACUUUUACUAGAACGUUUUUUGGCCGAACAACUAUCAUGGACAUUUUCGUCUUAAUUGUUAUAGUUGUGGUUUUCUACGUAGCUCUUCUGUUUUUAGACUUCACAUUCAAGUCCUGUUCACACUAUCCAUAUUUGAUGUUGCUGCAAAAGACAGGACUAAGUGUUGGACCUUUUCAAUUACGAUGGUACACAACAUCAUUGAAUCGUSUAAUACUGAAAAUGUCGUUUUGGUAUCCAAAAUUCCAAACCAAUUGGUUCACUUUUGGGUCUUGGAUUACUAUUUGUCUAAUUAUACCAUCUAUAUGUCUGGUUAUUGUAUCUUCUGCACAAUUAUGUAAAAAAAUAUUCACAGAGUCUACUAGUGAACCAUCAAACAACCAUCAAGAUACAUUUCUUGAACCAAUAGUACCUGGGAUAAAUUUACCAAUAUCAGACUUAAGCUAUUAUGUUUUUGCACUUAUGUUUUCAACAGUUUUCCAUGAACUAGGACAUGCGUUAGCAGCAAUCAGGGAAGACAUGCAUGUGGAAGGCAUUGGUUUAAUGUUCAUUUUGAUAUUACCCGUGGCAUAUGUCUAUUUGGAUGACAUAACCUCUUUGCCAAGUAGCAAACAGCUUCGAGUUAUGUCGGCUGGUGUAUGGCAUAACAUAGUUCAAGCUCUAAUGGCCUAUCUUGUUUUAUGGCUCUUACCAUAUAUGUUGUUUCCAUUUUUCUUAGUUGGACAUGGUGUUAUGACCACCCAAAUAAAUCAGAGAUCGGGUGUUAAUGGGCAAGGAGGUCUAGUGACUGGUGAUAUUAUUACCAAAUUGGGAAACUGUGAUGUGCACGAUUUUGAUUCGUGGAUAGAUUGCUUAAAUCACUCUAAGACAAGUAUAGAUUCCGGAUUUUGUUUAUCACCAGAAUUUAUUCAACAUCACGACGAAACAAAACCWGUACACUAUGUAGAUGAAUAUAUAAUAAACUGUUGUGAUCCAAACUCGAAGAGCAAUUUGUGUUUUGAGUAUAUUGAGUCACUGUCCAACCCUCAAGAACUACCAAAUCAUUCCUGCUUAAAUGUAAGAAAAGUUAUUGAAAGGUCAACAUCGUCGUGUGAUGCUGAUAACCAGUGUUCAUCAGCUCAUUGUUAUUACCCUGCAAUUCGUAAGAAUCAUAAACUUGUGGUUAUUAAACGUCUAAAGAAAAACGAAGUCUUAUUUCUUGGACAGCCCCUAGAACUGCAAUACAUAUCUGUUACCCAKUAUGUACCCAAGACUGAUUAUCUACCAUAUAGUAUACCCGAAUCUAUUGAAAAGUUUUGUAAAUAUCUAAUCAUGUUUGCGGGGGGCUUAGCUGUCAUAAAYGUAAUACCAUGUUUUUAUUUUGAUGGAGAAAAAAUAUCGAGGGUAUUAGUGAAUACAAUGCUGAAGGAACACGUUGAACAUUUGAGUGUUCGAUUAGCAAUUUCUAUUUGUUUAACAAUUUUUGGUUCUUUAAUAUUGUUUAUAUAUAUGAUAUUAGGGUUUUGGUCUCUGAUAAAAAUUAUAAACUAGACAAUAUGUACCAUUUACCUAAAAAUAUAAAUGGUUCCUACUUUCUGCUAACGUUAAGGGUGAACAUGAUUCAUACCAAAUUCCAAAAAUGUAUUUAUUUUUAUUAUUUUCWAAAAUACGUUUUCACUGAAGUUGAUAAGACAUUAAUAAUUUAUUAUAUAUUUUAUAUUGUGUGACUUAUUCAAAUGGGACAUUUUUUUAGAUAUAAUAAUGUAA